AUGUCCGCCAAGCUUGCGUUGAAUGCAAGAGGCGGAAGACCAGAUGUGAUGGUCACCUUCCUUGUUGGAGAUGCAAGGCACAAUCUGUUUGUUGCACAGCUCAUGGCUGGCUUGGCAUCGCCACCCCCUGAGCUUUGCGGUCUUGCUCGAGUAGAUCACAACCUUGAUGUGGUCAGAGCGAAUCUCAAGGCGGCGGGGAUACCAGCAGAUAUCCUUGACGGUUCAAGCACCGGGUCUGAUUUCUCAUCGGACGCAUCAUCCGGACUGGCGCGAUUUGACUCAUGUCUGCUGCCUUUCACAUCCGACCCUCUCUAUGAUAUCACAAGGGAGCACGCCAUCGACCUCAUCGAUCAAUGGUGCUCCGGCCCGGGUUUGCUAUAUCCCAUUGUGGAUAGACAGAAGAUGCUCGACAAAAUCUACAGUGUCUUCACAUUUCUAGAAUACGCCCAAAAGGGUGGUAUUCAUAGGCCGAAUUUGACACAGACGCUGUUCAACCACGAGACGAAUAAGCUGAAGCUUAUCCUUGCCAUCAGCCGUACGCUUGAAGGAGGAAGCAGGAAUCAUGAAGCUCAGAGACUUUUUCAGAGCGCAACAGAAACGUUGGACGGAUUAAUUUGGACCUCCGCCGGCAUCGAGAGCGUUGAGGUCCUUACCCUCCUUGCACUGUACCAUUAUUACCUCGACGAAGAAGUCUUCACGGGUCGAAUUACUACACUAGCAGCAAGGUUAUGCAUGGAAAUGGGACUGCAUCGUCGAACGGUUCUGGAAGCGAAAUUUCCAGAUGUCGAGGAACGAUUAACUGCACUCCGGACGUUUUGGUCAGUCUUCAUGUUGGAAAGAAGGACGAGCCUUAGCCAAGGCAUCCCCUUCAUAAUCCCAGACCCUUACGCGGACCCGUCACUUGUCUCGUUGCUGCGCCACAUGAGUAACCAAGCAGCACUAUCUGCGCAGCCACCUCUGCGAGAUGGCUCAAGUCUAGCUCUGUUUGCUCAGCUAGAGUGGUCAAAGCUAUCUGGGAAGGCAUGGCACGUUCUGAACAACCCAGGCGAAACUAAUUCCGAAAUCCGACUGGACGAUCUGGACUAUAUCGACUAUCAAGUUGUUCGGUGGUACGAGAAAGUCCCCGAGGACUUGAGUAUGAGCCCCGCCGGGCAGCGGCAGCACUACGAACAGCAUGAUCCAACAUACGUCCGCGGUGAUUUGUAUUGCCAAAAAGCUCAACUCCGCAAUCUGAUCUACCGGCCCAUGUUGAAAUCUACAGCCCUAAUCACCCGAUACGGCGCGCAUACCCACCGUGCUGUAGAAAUUGCCAAAGAGACGGUCCAGAUGUUGGCGGAUCUGAACGACAAAAGUCCUCUAGUCCGGAAGGAUCCGGUUUCUUUCAAGCACUCGUUGGUUGCUGCUGCAGGAAACCUUUUAUUGGCCGUGACCAACGGUGGCUCUACGUUCUGGGAAAGUUCCAAGGUUGAAAUCGCCCUUGCUCUAGGCCUGAUGGAAUGUUUGGAAAUGAGAUCGAGCUCCUUGAUGCGCUUACGGCAACGGCUCCAGAGGCUACGGGAGACACACCCUGCACAUCUUAAUAUUCCGAAUUAUGAAGGACCCCCCGUGGCAUGCGACGAUUAUAGACCAUCUUUCCUUGAGAACCUUUUUCAUCUCCAUCCUUGUGUAUGA